AUGAAGCAAUUAACCCUUUUCUCCUUCUCAUUCUUCCAACUCUUUUCCUCUACCACCUUCGCCAUUUCACCCGCCGCACCUAAAGCAGCCCCUGCAGCAAAAACACCCCCUAUCCCAAAGGCUGCAGCACCAUCACCAAAACCAUUAGUCCCCACAUUACCUCAGUCUCCGGACUCCCCUGACUCUGUCCCUGAUGGCAUCACUAGAAUCCUCAAAAAGGCCAAAAUGUUCUCAACCUUAAUCCGCCUCCUCAAAACCACCGAAAUCAUGAACAACAUCAACUCACAGCUCAUAACAGCCAUGAGUGGGGGCAUAACCAUCCUUGCACCAGAUGACUCCGCCUUUUCCAACCUCAAAGCAGGCUUCCUCAACUCCCUAAACAAAGGCCAGAAAAAAAGAACUCGCAAUUUCUCAGUAACUGAUAAGGCUCCAGCUUUCGCUCCUUCAUCUCUUGCAAAGGCUCCCAAAGCUUCUAAGGAAAACUCUUCUGAGGACGAACAGAAUGAAACACAAGAUGAUCACAAAAAUCGAGGACAGUGA